GUCCUUCUUCUUCCCCGUCGUUCUUGGCAACGCUUCGACCGAUCGAACUUCCAGCGCCGCGCAGCGUUCCCUCCGCCGUCGUCGUUCGGCGGCUCUUCCUCGACACUCCGAGCUUCAGUCCACGUCCGAAGCCCGACUCUUCAGAGUUUUCUUUCCAAUCAUCAGCUGGGCAUCUUUGCCUUGAUAUAUUGUUAGUUGUUGCAAUCUUCCUGAUGGCAACUACGGCUUCUUCGCCACCUCUGCAUAUUUUAGUUCGCGAACCGGAGGGGUUCUCUCUGUGGAAUGGACCCCCAUUUGCUAAUGGUCAACCCAGUGUCAAGCUCGAUAGGACUCCGUGCACAAGCACCAUGUUCAGCACAGAUGGGUCCAGGCUGAUGGUGAUAAGGUCCGACUCCGUGGUUGGCGUGUAUGACCGCAGCAACUUCAAGGAAAUCAGGAAUUUUGAGAUCCCCAAUUUGGUCACGGCAGCAUUGUCCCCGUGUGGGACCUAUCUCCAGACUUUCCAGAAAUCCUCAACGCCACAGGAGAAGAAUGUGAUCUUGUGGAAAGUUGAGUCUGGGGAGUCUGUUUAUCAGCUACUCCAGAAGAACAUAACUAAAACGACAUGGCCCUCCAUCCGAUUUAGUUCUGAUGAAGCUGUUGCGUGUCGACUUGCGACAAACGAGAUACAAUUUUUUGAUGGUUGUGACUUUUCAAAAGGUUUCAAAUAUAGGCUGAGAGUUCCUGGAAUUGCUGCAGUUGAGCUCUCUAAAACUCCGGGGUCCCACAUUGCAGCAUUUGUUCCAGAAUCUAAGGGUGUCCCCGCCAGUGUCCAAAUAUUUGCGUGUAGGGAGGAUCAGCAGAGUCAACCUGUUGCACGGCGAAGUUUCUUCCGCUGCUCAUCAGUGCAGCUGCACUGGAAUUAUGGGUCCACUGGACUUCUGGUUGUGGUGCAGUCUGAUGUUGAUAAAACCAACCAGAGUUACUAUGGGGAAUCGAAGUUAAACUACCUGACAACAGAUGGGGCUCAUGAAGGGCUCGUGCCUCUUCGUAAAGAGGGUCCUAUUCAUGAUGUUCAAUGGUCGUAUUCUGGUUCAGAAUUUGCUGUUGUUUAUGGCUUCAUGCCUGCAAAGGCUACCAUUUUUGACAAGAAGUGCAAUCCGCUCCUUGAGCUUGGAACAGGCCCUUAUAAUACCAUCAGAUGGAAUCCGAAGGGGAAGUUUAUAUGUUUGGCAGGUUUUGGUAACUUACCUGGUGACAUGGCAUUUUGGGAUUACAGGGAGAAGAAACAGCUGGGAGCAACAAAAGCUGAAUGCUCUGUGACCAGUGAGUGGUCUCCAAAUGGCUGCUAUUUUAUGACUGCCACAACAGCUCCAAGACUACAAAUUGACAAUUGUAUUAAAAUUUUCCACCACAAUGGAUCACUAUUCUUUAAGAAGAUGUUUGACAAAUUAUACCAGGCUGAAUGGAAACAAGAAUCACCCGAGAGUUUUGGUGAAGUUGCUGAAUUGAUAAAGUCUAUUGACUCUCUAAAGGUGGAAGAACAAAAACCACAAGGACAAACAGCUAGAUCAUCUCAAAAUUCUGCAAAGGUAACUUCUACCAACAUGCCUGCACAGAAACCUGCUGCCUAUCGUCCACCACAUGCUAAGAAUGCAGCCACUGUCCAGGCAGAGCUGUUUGGAGAGAGCUCUUCGAGUAAAACAUUGAGCAAGAAUGCUCUGAGAAACAAGAAGAAAAGGGAGAAACAAAGAGAGAAAAAAGCUGCGGAGGCUGGUUCUGCCUUGAGCGAUUCCUGAUAUUAUAAUUAGUGUUAGUUCCAUGUCUAGAAUCUUGGUCACUGGUUUGAUUUCCCUCACAUGACAAAGCGGCCAUAGGGACAAACAGCGGUGGAAUGCCUUCUGGCAUUUCAUCUUGAAGUUCAUCUUGAAGUGGAGCUAUUCCAAUGAUGCCAGGAUAUUAGGCUUUUGGGUGAAGAUUGGAAGUUUUACUUUUGAGGGACGACCAGAAUACCUCUUUGCUCUCUAUUUACUGUUCUUUAAAUUCAUUGAGAUGAGGGGUAAACAUUGUGCGAAAGUGGAAACUCCUUUUUUCGAAUAAUGUUCGAACUUUAGCAGUACCUAAGGGCGCGUUUGGCAACAAUUUUGUUUCCUGAACGAUUCUCGACAAGAAAUGAUUAUUUUUUAUUCUCGUUCC